CAGGUAAACAAACUGCGGCUCACUCACCUCUGGUUAGACUAUCCAAACCAACUUCUGCGCAACGAUCCCAUUCUUCUCAGCGAACUGCUCCAGAUACCUUCGGGAUCGAGUCCGUCAUUGGCCGGUGAUCCACGACGCAAGUCCUCUACAUCCUCUUCUCCGGGUAAGCAAACACCCGCCUCUACAGCAAAGUCAAAGCUAACAAAAUCAGUAAUACCUGGACCUACCACGAUGGUUACUCCUGCUGUGACUCCUUCGCCAAAAGCUAGCGUUUCGCACACAGGCGCAGCUGCUUCCAUAUCUGAAUCAUCCACUUCUCAACCGCAACAAGUCACUCCGAAAGCUCCUACGACGGUCUCAGCAGCCCCGGCAUCGGCCACACCACCAACUACGGCACAUGCAGCAAAACCGAGUCCAGUUGUUCCACCGACCCCGUCUGCGGUCACAUCGCCUCAGCCACCGCGUGCUUCCAUUUCCAUAGCAUCUCCCGUUUUGCCAACCGGUCUCCCCUCGACUGAUGGGAAACAUUCGCCGGAUACUCAACUGGAAUUGACUAAUCUUCGAGCGGAAAUUCAGACGCUCACCGAUCAGGUGGACGCUCUGAAAGCCAAACGAGAAGAGGAUCGUGUUCGUUUGCAGGAAAUAGAACGUUUGAAAAUACAAAUUACACAGAUGGAGGAAAAUCGACGCUUGAUGCGUGAACAAGCGGCCGAGUUGCAGCGUACGCUGGCACAGGCCAAAACGGUAACGACUCAAAACAGUUUCCAAGUGUAUCUUCUUAUUAGGUUUCAUUUCCAGGGGCAUAGUCCAGUGUCAUUUUGCAUUCAAAAUGUCUCUCCUCAUUCAUUCCCGGCUUGCCCUCAUUGUUUUCUCUCUCGUCAGGAAAAAGCGGAGCUACAGGAAGCGUUUGAUCGGUAUCGUGAGGAGACUGCGGAAAUGGUCGAAAAUAUGGAAAUGGCCACUUUGGACAAAGAAAUGGCCGAGGAGAAACUGGAUUCAGUGCAAAGUGAAUUGGAAUUGUUGAAGGAACAAGUAGAAGAACUCACUCUGGAAAAUCAAAUCCUGAAAGAAGAGUCCGAGGAGCGGGCUGCCGGAGCAACCACAGGAGAGGAAACAGCCGGCGAGGGAGUGCCCACCUCGGUUCAGCUGAAGAAUUUGGAACAACAAAAUGAACGCAUGAAACAGGCUCUGGUCAAAUUACGUGAUCUGGCCAACCAAGACAAACAAGAGAUUUCCAAACUCACAAAAGAGAUCGGGUCGUUGGAAUCGGAAGUGAACCAGUUGAGCACGGAAAAGGAACGCCUAUCUACCGAGUUAAAACAAUCGCUGGAACAAGUGAUUGAACUCAAAGAACAAGUGGACGCAUCAUUGGGGGCUGAUCAAAUGGUGGCCCAGCUGACCCAGCGAAAUCUGGAACUGGAAGAGCAGAUAGAGAAACUGACCGAGGCUCGGAACAUUCUGGUUCGUGGUGCGAAUUGUGCGUUUCCAAUUCUUUGUUUAAAGUUGAUUUGCCUUUGUUUGGGGGGGGGGGGUUACUCUCCGCGUUUUUUGAAUGUUAUUUGA